UUGCGUUUUGUCGCGCGUUUCUAUAGGUAACAAAGCCGGAAAGCACGCGGAAAAUGUGGCCAAAGGAUUUGCCCGGCUUUGCCAGCUGGCUCGCAUUACUCCUAAUCCUGUCCAGCUCGCUGGGGUCGGUGCACGACGAGCUGCCGCAGUGCACGCUGCAGGGCGUCUAUCGCCAGCGACAGAGCCUCAUCGAAUCGCCCAACUAUCCGGACACGUAUCCGCCCAACAGCUGUGUGGAUUAUGUGAUACGGUCGCCGUAUCGCUGCCCUACCAAAUUCCAUAUACAGUUUCUGGACUUUCAGCUGGAGCUGUCCGUGAAUUGCAGUCGCGACUAUUUGGCCGUGGGCCUGCAGCACGAUGAUCACGAUAUGGAUGUGCUCUGCGGCCAGGUGCUCGGCAUCAAGAAGUAUCAAACGCCGGAUGGCAUAUUACGGCUGCGUUUCCUCAGCGAUGAUUCGCCUUGGACAACGGGCGGCGGCUUCCGGCUGCUCGUUACGCGUUUGGCCUGCGAACGGGAGGAUUUGGCGGCGCGCGGUUUGCCCGCAACGGAUGAGCCGGAUGAUGCGGAUGAUGCGGAUGAUACGGUGCAGGUGAAUGCCCAUCAACCUUAUCAUCAUCAGCUGCAGGGUGCGGGGCACAACAUAAGCACGCCGCAGUCUGUGCUGCCCGGCUGGCCAGGCGCUUAUCCGGGCUAUCCGGCACCCUGCCCCACCAACGAGCCACAGCAACAGCUUCAGCUGCAGCAGCAACAGCAGCAACAGUUGCAGCAGCUACAGCAGCAAUUGCAACAGUUGCUGCCACAACAGCAACAGCUGCUCCAACUGCAGCAACAGUUGCUGCAACAGCAACAAUUCGGACAGCAGCAACAGUUGCUCCAACAGCUGCAACCACAGCAGCUACAGUUGCAGCCACAGCAGCAACAGUUGCAACCACAGCAGCAACAGUUGCUCCAACAGUUGCUCCAACAGUUGCUGCAACAGCAACAAUUCGGACAGCAGCAACAGUUGCAGCCGCAGCAGCAACAGUUGCAGCCGCAGCAGCAACAGUUGCAGCCGGAGCAGCAACAGUUGCCCGCCAUCUCGGAACAGUAUCAGACGACCGCAUUUCAAGCGCCCGCCGCCAAUUUGCGGGAUUACGAUCCUCAGUUUGGCGGGCAGGUGGAUUUGUGCUGUGUGAGCAGCUUUAGUCAGGCGCAUUUCUAUUUAUCGAGUCCGGGUUUUCCGCGCACCGUGCUCAACGCUCUGCUGCCGAAUCAGCAGCGGGAUUGCGUCAUCUAUCUGGAGAAGAAUUCACCCAAUGUCGCCGGUUUGCGCAUUCAAUUCAAGUUCUUUGAUUUCGGACAAGCCGCUGCGACUGGUAAUUAUCCAGCUGGUGGUGGAUCCUCCGCUGCCUCCUCCUCCUCCGGCGGCUGCUCUGGUGAUUUCAUCGAGCUGGACGGACAGCGCUAUUGUGGCUGUCGCUCGGGCCAUGUGCACAAAUCCUUUUGGCCCCAGGGCCAACGCAAGGCGUUGCGUCUGCGCAUGGGUCAGUCGGGCGGCGCGGCCUCCAACGGUUUUCUGCUCGAGAUCUUCCACGAUCAGGACACCAGCAACUACAGGCUGGAUGGCAACAGGCCACUGAAUGGUCAAAGUGCGACGAGCUUGCCGGGUCUGGGCGGACUCCAGCCUCAGCUGGGCGGACUCCAACCUCAGCUGGGCGGAAUCCAACCUCAACUCGGCGGGUUCCAACCUCAGCUGGGCGGGUUCCAGUCGCAGCUGGGCGGGUUCCAGUCACAGCUGGGUGGACUCCAACCACAGCUGGGCGGGUUCCAGUCCCAACUAGGCGGCCUACAGUCCCAACUGGGCUACCAGCCGCAGGCUACGCUCUGGCCCGGCUAUCCGGCACGCCUGCCCAGCUAUCCGCUCUCCCCCCUGUUGCCCAUCACGCCGUAUCGGCAGUCGAGGCAGGCGGCUCCUGGCUCCUGGGCCUAUGCACGCGGUCUGGACGCACAGCAGCCGGCGCGCGUCGUGGAGACUAAUUCGACGCGCAAGGAGUUCUACUAUUUCGAUGCGGAUCAGGCUUUUGCGCGCGCCGCCCUCGACGUAGACGGCGACAAUGAAGAUGAUCCCAAGGCGACGACCACGUCUCCAGCUCCGGUCCGGCCGGGCACAAAGGCCUUCGAGCAGAGCAGCUGCACCUUCGACUACAUGGAGGUGCUGCGUCUGUCCGUGGACACGCUCUGGCUGACCAAGCCCAUUUGCCUGGCGCCGCUGCGCAGCUGGUUUAGCAACAUUUUUGGCUAGUUCCGAUAGUUCUGUAAAUCCAUAAAUAAAUCCAGUUUUCUAGUUAAGGUUUCUUCAAAUAUAUUUAUUACCA